AGUGGACCAUCGGAAGGUUCAAAUGGAGGAAAGGGACGCGGUAGGAAACAAGGCAACAAAAAGGAAAUGUUUGAUUUGCAGACUCUCCUAACUCAGUGUUCGCAAGCCGUUGCACGAGCUGAUGUUAGGAGUGUUAAUGAACAGCUUAACCGAAUCAGACAACACUCUUCUGCUCAAGGUGAUGGCAUCGAAAGAUUGGCCCAUUACUUUGCUAAUGCCCUCGAGGCUCGUUUGGCUGGCACUGGGACAGCAUUGUAUGUUCCUUCAUCUACCAUGAGGAUAUCGGCUGCUGAUGUCUUGAAAUCUUACGAGACAUAUGUCAAAGCAUGCCCUUUCAACAAAAUGUCCAAUUUGUAUGCGAAUAGAUCGAUUAUGAAGCUCGCUCAGACAGCAACGACGCUUCACAUAAUCCAUUUUGGUAUUCUAUAUGGGUUCCAAUGGGCCUGCCUUAUCCACCAUCUCUCUGCCAGACCCGGUGGGCCUCCUAAGCUUCGCAUUACAGGAAUAGACUUUCCCCAACCUGGGUUUCACCCAGCAGAGAGGGUUGAGCAAACGGGGCGUAGGUUGGAAACAUAUUGCAAGAGAUUUAACGUACAAUUUGAGUACACUGCAAUAGCCAAGAAAUGGGAAACUAUCGAACUUGACGAACUCAAGAUCGAUAGGGACGAGGUGCUUGUUGUUAAUUGCUUGCUUCGGCUUUAA